AUGGCGACCUGUGCAUGGAUCGCAGAGCUUUUCCAACCACAUGGCUUAAGCUGGACUCCUGAACUUCACCGACACAUCGCAGGCACCGUGGGCUUCUUCCCGCAGAAAUGCCUCGAUCUCCUGCAGGUACCUCCAGGAAGGCGAGACGAACUCGUGGCAGUCUUGCCUCAGAGGAUAACGUCUGCAGCGUACAACAAGUUCCUGGCAGAGCGUAUGGAAAUCAAGCCUGGUGCUGCUGCUAUCGUGCGACGCUUGCAAUCCAUGCGGAUCUCGCUUGGUCUCUGCACCAGUCGCCGAGGCGAUGGAGUGGAGUUCUUGCUGCAGGAGAGAUCGGACCUCCGAGCUCUGCUUGAGCCGCUUGAGGUGCGGCUGGUUGGGUCAGUUGACCCUCGCACCGAUGCAAAGUUGCCCAGCAAGCCAGACCCUCAGGUCUACAAAGCGUGUGCCGAAAUCUUGGGCGCGGCGCCCAGCAGCUGUCUCGUGUUCGAGGACGCUCCGGCUGGCGUGCAAGCAGCGAAAGCAGCCGGGUGCUUCACGGUGGCUGUUCCAGAAGCUUGGAUGGAGGGCGACGCUCAGGCGGAAGCUGUCUUCGCUACCGCGGAUCUCCGCCUCAAGUCCCUGGAAGACGUUGCAGAAAAUCAAGUUCUUUGGAAUCGACUCUUUGGACCACCAUGUCCUCUCUUAAUUGCCUGCGGGAAUGCAACGGUGGAUGUGAUGUGCACCGUGGAAUCGAAGGAGCUCGAGAAACUUGGGCUCUCACCCGGAACCGAAGCCGCCGGACUGUCGGAGGCUAGGAAGCAGGAGCUUGUCGACUUUGCAAAAAGCCAAGAAGAUGCCACGGUCGUGGCUGGCGGAUCGGCGAUGAACACUGUGCGGGUCGCAUCUUGGAGUGGUGGUGACCGCAUCCGGGCUGCUUUCAUUGGUGCUGUUGGCAUGGACGAACACGGCAAACUCCUGGAGGAGGCUCUGCACGAGGCUGGCGUUGUCCCGUUGCUGAAGCGCGUCAGUCAGAGCCAGACAGGCAUUUGUGGCUGUCUGGUCGAUGCUGGCACGAGGGAUCGCACCCUUUCCGUCAUUCGAGGUGCUUCCGGACUUUUGGACCCUGCUUGGAUUGAGCAACCUGAUAUCAGCUCUCUGAUUCGCGAGGCGAGUGUGGUAUAUAUCACGUCCUUCGUUCUGACCACGCAGCCGCGUAUAGCAGCUGUGGAACUGCUUAUAGAAAAUGGCUUGAAGUCUGGAGCCUGCGUGGCUGUGAACCUCUCAUCUGCUGGAUUGAUUUCUAAAGUUCACCCUGUGCUGCAGAGCUUGUUGCCCAGAGCUACUUUUGUUUUUGGAAACCAGUUCGAGCUCCGUGCCUGGGGCCGGCAUUUGAGCUGGAGUGGCUCAGACACAGAUAUGGCAGCAGAACUGGCCUCCAUGCUGCGACCUGGAGGCAUGGCCGUGGUAACUGCUGGUGCAAGCCCAACCAUAGUUGCACAGACCGAUGCCGGAGUUCAAGUAUUCCCGGUUCCACCGAUUCCACCGGAAGACAUCGUGGACACCAAUGGAGCCGGUGAUGCUUUCGUCGGGGGUUUCUUGGCUGCCGUCUUGAACACCAGCAAGGAAGAAUGUGCAAGAUCGUCGUGGUCCACUUGGGUGCAUAGUG